AUGUCCGACUCGUCGUCCAGUCUUUCCUCGCCGCCCGCAAACCCUCAGAUCGUUGGUUUCCUCUGUGAAGUGAUCAGUCAUCUCGGCAACAUCACCACUCAUCUCGAUGCAAUGAAUGACCCUCUUAAUACUCUCGAGGCCACUUUUCGCGUCCAUGACCAGCACUUAGCCCGUAUUGACCGACGUCUUACCAGCCUAACCGCUACAACAACCAACCUCCAUGCUAGAGCCCUCAAUUCCGGUGCUUGUGCGUCAAGUUCGGCCCUCAUCCCUCUGGUCAGUCCAGUGACUGGCGCCGCCAUCCUCGAUUUCCCUCGCACCUAUGGUGAGGUUCAGCGACUCAACGCUCGUGAGCUUGGCGGCCUUCUACGAGCCCUCAAUCUGCGCGGCGCUAGAACUGCUGAGCAAAAGCGAGGUGACUUCAUCCGCGCGAUUGGCAUCACCAAGUUGGCCCGCCUUUAG